AUGUCUGAUGGUAACGAGAUUGAUCUCCUCAUGGAUGGCGCGUUGGAACUUGACCAACCUAUUGCCCUGGAAGACAUGCCUGGGGAGCGAGAGGAUAUUGAUAUGCCAGGAACUAAUGCCGCUGAUAUCCCUGUCAUGGCAGACGGAAGUGCUGGU